AUGGCGGAGCAAGACCUCGCGAGUCUUCUCGCCCCUCUCCCCCCCUCGCCCAUCGAAGGAAAUGCAGACGUGGACGCACGGGCGUGUACCGAGGGCGAGGACAACCAGUACAAGGAGGAAGUGUCCGCCACCCAAGCAAACCGCUUGUGGGACUUUCGGGGGCACGGUGGUUUCAAGCGAGAUUCAAGGGGGGUGCACAGGAGGGACUGGAUCAUGUCGGAAGAGGACCUCAAGGAUGAGCUCAUCAAGUGGAUGAGGACACAGAAGCGCCUUACGGUCAAGGACGUCCAGAACUACAUCAACCAGUGGCUCUUCGCGAGCGAGAUCGGGGAUUUAUCAACACUCCUUUCGUACCAGGUGAACCUUCCCGUGUCCAUGUCCACAACCCACUCCUGGAUGAUCGCGCUGGGGUGCAAGUACGAGCAGGCUACGAAGUCUUUCUACACGGACGGCCACGAGGAGAAGGUCGUGGUGGUGUACCGCGGCAAGUACAUCGACGUGAAGCGGAAGCUCGCCCUUCGGCAACCGUUGUGGGUGCGAGUUCAACGAGACACUCUGACACCGGAGGAGCUUCAGCGGCUUGACGGCAUCAAAGGUCCGGCGGAGGAUUUCUGCGCAGAGGACGAGAGUGUCUACAAGGUGUAUGCGCGCGAGGGCAAGGAGUGGGUUCUCCAAGGGGUACGCGGGAUACGGAAAAGAAACGAGGGCCCGGGAGAGAUGGUAUCUGCCUUUCAAGACGAGAGGCACGGCUUUGGCUUGCCUUUGACGGACGACGUGCUCCAGGCGGUGAACGCGCGUCGCAAGGAGAAGGGCAAGGAAGACCUGACACGAAGCCCUGACCUGCGGUUUCUCCAGCACGGGAAGAACAAGGAUGGAUACUGGGGAUACGACGAGUUCAAGGAACAGAUCGAGGACGUCUUGGACGUCUUGGACGUCUUUAGCGUUAUGCGUGACUUGAUGCCGUGA